GCCCCCAGCGCCCCCGCCAGGCACCAUGGACUGGAAGACGCUCCAGGCCCUACUGAGCGGGGUGAACAAGUACUCCACAGCCUUCGGACGCAUCUGGCUGUCGGUGGUGUUCGUCUUCCGCGUGCUGGUGUACGUGGUGGCUGCGGAGCGCGUGUGGGGGGACGAGCAGAAGGACUUUGACUGCAACACCAAGCAGCCAGGCUGCACCAACGUCUGCUACGACGAGUUCUUCCCCAUCUCCAACAUCCGCCUCUGGGCCCUGCAGCUCAUCUUCGUCACAUGCCCGUCGCUGCUGGUCAUCCUGCACGUGGCCUACCGCGAGGAGCGGGAGCGGCGGCACCGCCAGAAACACGGCGACCAGUGCGCCAAGCUGUACGACAACGCGGGCAAGAAGCACGGCGGCCUCUGGUGGACCUACCUGCUCAGCCUCAUCUUCAAGCUCCUCAUCGAAUUCCUCUUCCUCUACUUGCUGCACACGCUCUGGUACGGCUUCAGCAUGCCCCGCCUGGUCCAGUGCGCCGGCGUGGCCCCCUGCCCCAACGUCGUGGACUGCUAUGUCGCCCGGCCCACCGAGAAGAAGCUCUUCACCUACUUCAUGGUGGGCGCCUCCGCCGUCUGCAUCGUGCUCACCUUCUGCGAGAUCUGCUACCUCGUCUUCCACAGGGUCAUGCGAAGCCUUCCCAGAAAGAGUGGCCUCCGGGGCCGUGGCCCCCCGUCCUCUGCCAGCCAGGCCUCCACCUGCCGCUGCCACCACAAGCUGGUGGAGGCCGGGGAGUUGGGCCCGGAUUCCAGCGACGACAAGCUAUGUGCUUCGGCACCCAACAUGACCCCCACCUGA